AUGAGAUUCAACACCCUUUCCUCGGCUGUGAAGCCUCUCGCUGCGUCCGCCGGUCGUCGCGCUUUCCAUGCCUCGAGAGCUGCUGCUAUCGCGGUCGGAGACUCCAUCCCCAGCGCCACUGUUUUUGGCGAGACUCCGGGCGACAAGAUCGCCACUGACGAAUUGACCAAGACUGGAAAAUCUCUGCUCGUCUUCGUUCCCGGUGCCUACUCCCCUGGCUGCUCGGCCCGUCAUAUUCCGGGCUAUGUUUCGCUCGCUCCCAAGUUCGCCGAGAAGGGCAUUGACAGCAUCUACGUGAUUUCCGGAAACGAUGCGUUCGUGCAGACCUCCUGGGGAAAAGUCCUCGGCGACGCUGACGGAAAGAUCAAGUACCUUGCCGACCCCGCCUUGGACUUUGGCAAGAAGCUCGAGAUCGAUUUCGAUGCGUCGGCUUUCUUUGGUGGAUACCGACACAAGCGAUCUGCGAUUUUGGUCGAGGAUGGUGUUGUCAAGAAGCUCUGGGUUGAGCCUGACAGCACUGGCAUCAAUGUCUCGGAGGCCAAGAAUGUCAUUGAGGAGAUCUAA